GAACUGCGUUAGAUAUGCUGCAUUGUGACAGGCAGUGAAGUGUAUAAUUAGCUUUGACAGUGUGACAACCUGCCUACAGUCGUAAUCCUUGUAUGAUCUCACACACAUAUAGUGAGGAUCUGUAAGGAACAACCAUCUUCCCCAUGAUAUGGUGACGUCGCUCCCAUUCAACUAUCGUGCAUUAGCCCCGGCGCAGUGAGAGGGUGUGUCCACAAAUCGCCCGGCCGUAGGGCACGCACAGUCACAGUAAACACUAGGGCGUCCACUCAGUCUUCAGAGAGUCUCCGCCAUCAUGACCCGGGUCCACGCUCUGUGUGUUCUACUGCUCCUGGAUUUGAUCUCCGGAAUCUGUGUCGGGUUCGAUGUUUGCCAUAAUCUGAUACAAGUCGAACACGACUUUGACAAGAACAAGAAAGUGACCGCCUGUCGCUAUGACGUCCUGAAGCUGGACCCGUCAGGAGUGAUGAUAAGAGAGACGGUAUCCACCCCUGUCAACACGACCCUGUGUCACGAGCUCAGGACCGCCGACACCUGCAGUCCGGACGGGGAGCUCGUCACGUGUCACCAUGUUCCCGAAUGGGAAAGACACCCGCUUGGAACAUUCAUACCACCUACGGGGUGUACCUUCUCCCAGAACCUGCAAUGUCAGCUAGAAACAAUCUGUCCUACUGAGGUUGAACAAUCUGGAACUAUACCUGUAUCCAAGACAACAGAGAAAACCAUGACAACUACAGAAACACACAGGAGACAGUUUGUAAAAACUGUCAAGAACCCGGUAAAAGUAGAGGCAACUACUGCAGAAACCGGAAUGACCGCCUGCCGCUAUGAGAUCUGUCUGGUGACUUUGUUGUUGCCAUGA